AAGGAAAGAGGGUUUUCGGGAACUGUAGUUUCUGGAGGGAAGUAGCGUCCUGACUUCCUUGGCGUGGGUCUGUGCAUGGUGAGAAGAUGAACGGUAAGCGGCCGGCGGAUCCUGGCCCAGCGCGGCCAAUGAAGAAGGGAAAGAAGCAGGUAUCGGCAGAGUUUUCGGACGCUGUCACUGAAGAAAUCCUGAGGAAGCAGGUGGCUGAGGCCUGGAGCUGCCGGACACCGUUCAGCCAUGAAGCUAUUGCCUUGGACGUGGACCCUUUCCUCCACUGUGUGAUCCCAAACUUCAUCCAAAGCCAAGACUUCCUGGAAGGACUUCACAAAGAACUUUUGAGCCUGGACUUCCAUGAAAAGUACAAUGAUUUAUAUAAGUUCCAACAGUCUGAUGAUUUGAAGAACCGAAAAGAGCCCCAUAUCUCAGCUUUAAGGAAACUUAUGUUUGAAGAUUUUCGGGCCUGGCUUUCUAAGGUUUCUGGCAUUGAUCUAGAACCAACCAUUGACAUGUCCUGUGCUAAAUACGAGUUCACUGAUGCUCUGCUCUGCCAUGAUGAUGAACUGGAAGGGCGCCGGAUCGCCUUCAUUCUGUACCUGGUUCCUUCUUGGGACAGGGACUUGGGGGGCACCCUGGACCUUUAUGACACUGAUGAACACUUGCAGCCAAAGCAGAUUGUCAAGUCUCUUAUCCCUUCCUGGAACAAGCUGGUUUUCUUUGAAGUGUCACCAGUAUCCUUUCACCAGGUGUCUGAAGUCCUGUCUGAAGAAACAUCACGUUUGUCUAUAAGUGGCUGGUUUUAUGGUCCUUCAUUAACCAGGCCUCCUACCUACUUUGAGCCCCCAAUCCCUCGAAACCCUCACAUCCCACAAGAUCAUGAAAUUUUAUAUGAGUGGAUCAACCCUGCUUACCUGGAAAUGGAUUAUCAAAUGCAAAUUCAAGAAGAAUUUGAAGAAAGGUCUGAAAUUCUUCUGAAGGAGUUUCUUAAGCCUGAGAAGUUUGCAAAGGUCUGUGAAGCCUUGGAGAAAGGAGAUGUGGAAUGGAAAAGCCAUGGGCCCCCAAACAAAAGGUUUUAUGAGAAAGCGGAAGAAAAUAACCUCCCUGACGUGCUGAAGGAGUGCAUGGGUCUGUUCCGCUCUGAGGCGCUCUUCCUGCUGCUCUCCAACCUCACCGGCCUGAAGCUUCACUUCUUGGCCCCUUCAGAAGAUGAUGAGAUUGAGGAGAAAGGAGAGGGGGAGACAGCCAGUGCUGCUGCUGGCACUGAAGAAGGGACUAGCCAACGCCCCUCGGGGCCAGAGAAUAAUCAGAUGGCCGCUGGCAGCCACAGUCAAGAGAACGGUGAACAGGCAGACCCAGAAGCACAGGAAGAUGAAGCAAAGAAAGAAUCGAGCGUUCCCAUGUGCCAGGGGGAGCUGAGGCGUUGGAAGACUGGCCAUUACACAUUAGUCCACGACAACACCAAGACUGAAUUUGCCCUGGACCUGUUUCUGUACUGUGGCUGUGAAGGCUGGGAGCCCGAAUAUGGCGGCUUUACCUCCUACAUUGCUAAAGGUGAAGAUGAAGAGCUGCUCAUAGUGAAUCCAGAAAACAACUCUUUGGCGUUGGUCUACAGAGACAGAGAAACUCUGAGGUUUGUGAAACACAUCAACCACCGCAGCCUAGAGCAGAGCAAAGCCUUCCCAAACAGAAGCGGCUUCUGGGACUUCGCAUUCAUCUACUACGAGUAACAAGAUGGGGCAGAGCCAGCUAGCAUUCACUCCACCAGUGCCAGGAACAUGGGGUCUUCGUGGAGUGAGGGAGAGCGGGGCAUGCUGGGUAACAGCGUCCUCCAAGCAGGCUGUCCUUGCAGGCUGUGCUGGUGCACACCUGUGAUGCCAGCCUCGGGAGGCAGAGAAAGGGGACCUUCAGUUCCAAGGUCAGUGUGGCUUACACGGUGAGACCCUGUCCCCAAACAAAACAACUCUUGGUCAUCCUUUCAGAAAAUUCAUGAGGGUCCUCAAUCCAGACCUCAUGCUAGAGCUAUGUACUCAUCCCUGGGUUGCCUGGGAAAAAAAAUGUUUUUCCCCCACUGCAAUUCUCUUCGUUCUGUAGUAACUGCCUUGGCAACUUUCUAACUUUGGUGAUUUUUUUUUUUUAAUUUAUGGUGUUUAUACAAAAUUUAGCAGGGUCACUUUUUUUUUGCUUAGGGUGUUGUUUGGUUUUGUUUGGUUUCUUUUGACAGGGUUGUACUAUGUAGCCCAGGCUAGCUCUGAAGUACUGAUUCUGCCACCUCAACCUCCUAAGUGCUGGAAUUGCAGGCGUGAGCCACUGCGCCCACCAGUUCCUGCAUGUGCAGUCCGUGCAGCAUGUGCAGUCCGUGGAAUUGAGCAUAUUGAAGUGCCGUCACUGCCAUCUGGAAAACACCCAGAUCUCAUAGGAAGUGGGGAUGGUUUUCUGUCUUCCCAUAGGGAGUGCUACUGCCCUUCUUUGAUGACUGUUCGCCUCAUGAGUGAAUCGUGCAGUGGGUCUCGCUUCCUGAUUGGCUUGUUUCACUUAGCACAGCGUCCUCGGGGCCUAUCAGUGUUUCCAGUGUUUUUCUUCUUCACUCCUAAGUAGUUGUAGAAACUUGCUGAGCCCAAGAACUGUGACACACGGUGCUCCCACUGUGGGCUGAGCUCCACCCUGACUCUGAGGAUAGGGUACCCUCGGGUACGUAGUGUUGCUCUCUUGGAAAAGGUCUGCCUGAAAACUAACAUAGCCCCAGGAAUUCCAUAGCUGCUUACUGCCCUGUGUAUUUCCUCUCGUCUACUGCCUUCCAGACCUGGCAUCAUGGCUUCUCUGAGUCUAGCCUCCCAGUGACUAUGCGUUCCUAAAUGCUGGAGGGCCGGGUGUGGAACUUGCCGCCUUUCCCUUCCUUUUGAAAGACCCCUGUGCUAAAAGGCAGUGUCAGGAGAAGUUCAGGAGAAGCCCUCCUUUUGUCUCUGGUCUUUCCCCUGAACUGCUCCAUGGGGCUGUGGUACAGCUCUUCCCAUUGUGGGGGUGUGCAUGAUGGCUGAGAGAUGUCCUCACACCGCCCCACACCACAUCUAUUUGCUGGUUUCUUGGUUCCUGACUAUCCUUGCAGGUUUCAGUGUGGACUUUACUUAUUGGUAGGAAAAACGUUGGACCGUUAAGUAUCUUAUUCACACUUCUCUGACAUCCUAAAAGUCCAUCCAAAUGCAUUCUGUCUUUUACAUUGGCUUUCAAUUUGUUUUGUUUACCCCAGUCAGUAAAACACAUUUUAACAUUCAUAUCCUAGUAGAUACUUACAAGUUUUAUAUGUUCUGGUAUUAAUCAUAAAACAAAGUAAUUUUUAAAUAAUGACAUGAGAAUAUCCAGACCUAAACUGAGGGGGCAUACUUUAAUCCCAGCUUUUGGAAGGUAGAGGCAAGAGGAUUAGGAGUUCAAGACUAUCCUCAGCCGCACAGUGAGUUCAAGGCCAGCCUGGGCAGCAGUACACCUUGUCUCAGAAACAAAGAUCGAGCCAGGAGUGGGAAGCACGCAUCUUUAUUCUAGCACUCAGGAGGCAGAGGCCGGCAGAUGUGUGAAUUCAAGGCCAGCCUGGCCUACAAAGAGAGUGUCAGGACAGCAGAGCUAUAUAGUGAAAACCCUGAUUCAAAAAUCAAAAACAAAAGACUCUCCAGACCUAGUUUGAGAGUUGUCUUCCCACGCCAGGCAGUGACCAGUGACGGGCUAUUGCCCACGCAUACUGUUGUAGACUCCACCGCACUUUAAUCCAGAGUAGUGCUCAAGUGGGACUACGCAUACUUUGUUGCUAAUGGUUACUUUUGAAGCUUGCCUUUUCUGAACUGCUGCAGACUAAAGGCAGGCCCCCUCCCCGCACCGCCCCCAUCCCACCCUCACUCCCCACCCCCACUCCCCACCCCCCACUGAAGUGCCUGAGUGGGAAGAUCUCUGAAGGGUCCCUCUGUCUUUGCAGAGCCUCCUGGUCUGCAAGAAUGAUAGAACCUACAGGUUGCCUUUCUGCUCUUGUGAGCAGCUGCGUUUUUUCAGUUGCCACGUGCCGCAUUGUUGAUGUGUGGGUGAGACAGAUGGUGUAUGACAGUGAGCCCGUAUGUCUACAUUGAAGCUGAAAGAGGCCUGGAUUCCAAAUCACUCAAAGUCACAGCGAGGCUAGGGAGACCAGGCCACCUGUGCUGCCGCUGCAUGAGAGUGCAGCCCAGGCAGCUGUGCACACAACUGUCGCUCGCAGGCCACCACCUUAUGUGCUCAACUCACAUGACCUGCUCAAAGUGUGCGCUGUUAAGGCGCUAACUCCCAUGUGCAGACAACACAGGUGGAAGGCAGUGAGAAUGAAGACAAUCAUAAGUGUGAGGGCCUGUGUGUGUGUCUGUGUGUAUGUUAGUAUUAACAGAAAACUCAGAAAGGUUAAAAAUGAAAAUAACUAGAAAUAUUUUUGUACAGCUAUACAAUGUAAAGUUUAAAAUAAAGUUCUAUUACGUAAGCUAAGGCUAUUGAAGAUGGAGUAUUUUUAACAUGUCGUCCAUGUUGGAAGGCAGAAAAGCUUCCGCUUAGUCUGUCCAAGAAUACUAUCACGUUUGCACAAGUGACCUUGCCUCAGCUUGCAAUUGCUUCAUUCUUGAUCCUGAUUGCUUGCUGCUUUGGGAUGGGGCAAGAGAGUCAAAUGUGGGCUCUCAAUACCUCUUGUUGGUAAAAGCUAUGCUGCUUUCUGUGUGACCAAUGGCAUGUCUCUCUUAAUAAUGAGCCUCUAAAUCUUUCUUGUUUUCUUAUUGAUUGGUGUUUUUGAGAAGGGUCUAUGUACACCCUAGCUCUCCAACUGCUAAGAUUCUAGAGUACCACCGUGUCCAGCCAUGAACUUCCAGUUCUCAUAACACCUUUUCCUAAAGGUGAUAUUCCCUCCAAAGAUAACAAUACAUAAACAAUGCAUGUUCAUUGUUGAGAAUUUAAAAGUGUAGAAAAACACAUAGGUUAGUUGAAACCCCUUGCCACCACCCUUUGACAACUGUGUGCUGCCAUAAGCGUGUCAGCAUGGCCACCCUGCACUGUAUUAGGAAGCAUGGCUCCUCUCUGUCCUCUCUUCCCUUUCUCCUGUUGGGUAAAUACAAGGUUGUAAGGCACUUUGUCAGGCUGGGCUCAGAGGGAGCCACUAAGGCCGCCACUGCAGACAAGAAUGAAAACAGUUUUCAGUGGUUCCUUAAGAAUAAAAAGGAGCAGCCAGAGAUGCAUUUGGAGAUCUGUAUUCCAGCUAAUGCUACCCCAACUGAUAGACUGCCUUUAAAUUUGUUUUUCCUUAAUAUAAAUGUUUACACAUACAUUUGAGUGAUAAAAAAAACGGAUGUCUGUAUUUUUUGUUUUCCCCCACAAAAUAAAAGUGUUUGUGCAUUUUG